AUGAGUGAAAUGGAUAAGAAACAUCAAAAGGAAGUUGAAGAAAGGGUGGAAGAGGUGAAGAAGUCCCUUACCCUCAAGGCCGAUGUUGACUUCCGAGGCCAUGAGGAGAUCUACUCUGAACAUGGUGGAGUGAUGGACUACGAGGAAGACCGAACCCGAUCGAAGAGGAGACGGCAUCCAAUAGGUUGA